ACCUCACUCCAGUGUACCCAGAGUGAAGUCUUCAACAACUGGUCAAAAAGUCCUCUAUGGAUUUCUUUCAUCUUCCUUAAUUCCAGACCCGGGCCUUGGCUACAAAAAUGAGGAUGCAGUUCACGGAAAAGAACCAUAACAGCUUCAUGAUGCAGGCCCUGAACAAGCAGAGAAAGAACAAAGAGUUCUGUGACGUGGCCCUCAGCGUGGACCAGAAUGUCUUCUACGCCCACCUCAAUGUCUUAGCAGCCGUCUCCUCCCAUGUCAGGAACCUGAUAGUCAGCAACGACAUGAAGACGGACGAUGAGCUCUUCAUCAUCAUCGACGCCAAGUUCUUGAGCUCCAGCUUGGUAGAGGAGCUGCUGGACUAUUUCUACACUGGGAAAAUUCUUAUUUCUGAGAAGAACGUCGAAGAGUUGCUGAAGGGAGCCAGGUAUUUCAAUUCCCAGACUCUCAAAAGCCACUGCUCUGAUUACCUCCUCAGGUCCCUCAGGAAGGACAACAGCCUAUACUACAUGUUCUUGGCUACCACGUACGAUCUGAAAGAGGUGGGGAAUUCCGCCUACGAUGGUGUGCGAGAGAACUUCCACUACUGGGCCAGCCCCCAGGGCAUCGAGGACUUGAUGUGUUGCCCCCCUCAGAUCUUCGGAAAGCUCCUGAAGGAUGAGAACCUUCACAUACAAAAUGAGGACCAGGCCUUCCUGGCUCUCCUCCAGUGGGUGAAGCACAAAACGCCUGAAAGGGAGAAGUAUUUUAAGAAGUAUUUCGCCUACAUCCAUUUAACCGCCAUCUCCAGCAAGGCCCUGAUUUCUGCUUGCCGGGAAGUGUUGGUCUAUCAAGACCACUCUGGUCUCCUGUCCCGGAUAGAGAACGUUUUGAGUGACCGUAAACACGGAAAUCCUCAAAGCCUGAUGCUCUACCAAAGGAAAGGGGCGUUGGUGGACUCCGUGGUGAUUUUAGGAGGACAAAAAGAUCAGGGCAGGUUCAGCAAUGGCGUGUUUGCUUACAUCAUCGACGAGAACAUCUGGCUGAAGCUCACGGAGAUGCCGUACAGAGCGGCUGCUCUCAGCGCAACGUCCUUAGGGAAGUAUAUUUAUGUCUCGGGAGGAACCUCGGAGCAGAUCUCUGGCCUGAAGACAGCCUGGAAGUACGAUAUGGAUACCAACUCCUGGAUCAAGCUUCCAGAUCUGCCCACAGGUCUAGUCUUUCACACCAUGGUGACUUGCGGAGGAGCCGUGUACUCUGUAGGGGGAAGCACGGCACCCAGGAAGUACAUUUCGAGUAUCUUCAAGUACGACGAAGGGAAGGAGAAGUGGAUUCUGGCUGGGAAGAUGAGCAUUCCUAUGGACGCAACCGCACUGAUCACCAAAGGAGACAAGGCUAUUUACAUCGUGACGGGGAGAUGCCUCGUGAACGGCCAGUUCUCUCGAGUAGGCGUGGUGGAUUGCUUUGACAUCCAGACCCGGAAUGUGGUGCAAUACAUUACGUUUCCCAUCCAGUUCAAUCACAAGCCGCUGCUGUCCUUUCCCCAGGAGAACGUCCUGAGCAUCCAGAGCCACAAAGAGAGUCUGGAAAUCAACCUGCAGAAAAUUAAAACCACCAAAACGACGAGCCUCAUACCCCUCUUGCCAAAUAACUACAGCUUGGACCCCUCGCACGCGGUGUGCUCUGUCGGGAAGAACAAGGUGUUUGUGUGCGGCGGCCUUAUCUGUCCUGGCAACAAACGGCCAGAGGAGUAUUGCAUCAGUCGGCAAGCAUACAUGUUAGAUCAACGCGCCCAGGAGUGGAAGUUGCUUGCUGACCCGCCGGAAGCCUUGGACUGUCCUGCUUGCUGUACAGCUAAGUUGCCUUGCAAGGUUCUUCAAAAAACUGUAGUCAAUUAA